CUCAGGCCUGGUCCUUUCUCCCGGAGAUGCAAACUUGGGACUCAGCAAUGAUCACCAGGACCCGGACCCCUGAGGAACAGGAAUCAGUGACCUUCAAGGACGUGGCCGUGGACUUCACCCUGGAGGAAUGGGGCCAGCUAGGCCCUGGCCAGAGGGAGCUGUAUCGGGAAGUCAUGCUGGAGAACUACCAGAACCUUCUCUCACUAGGACUUCCUGGGUCCAAACCCGACGUGAUCUCCCGCCUGGAGCGAGGUGAAGAGCCCAGGAUGGAGGAGAGAGACCAGACAAGAACUCACACGGGAGAGAAGCCCUACCAGUGCAAGGAUUGUGGGAAGGCGUUCAGCAACAGCUCGUAUUUCAUUCAGCACCACAUCAUCCACACCGGAGAGAAGCCCUACACGUGCAACGAAUGCGGCAAGACCUUCACUCAGAGCUCGUCGCUGACAGAGCAUCAGAGGAUCCACACUGGAGAGAAACCCUACCAAUGCAAGGAAUGUGGAAAGGCCUUCACCCAGAGCUCCUCCCUCAUUAAACACCAGCGAUGUCAUACUGGGGAGAAGCCCUAUAAAUGCGACCAGUGUGGGAAGUUUUACUCUCAGGUGUCCCACCUCACCCGCCACCAGAAAAUCCACACAGGGGAGAAGCCCUACAAAUGCGGUGAUUGUGGCAAGGCCUUCUGUCACACCUCCUCCCUCACCCAGCACCAGACGAUCCACACCGGAGAGAAACCCUACAAAUGUAACGAGUGUGGGAAAACCUUCAGCCACAGCUCAUCCCUGACCCAGCAUCAGCGGGUGCACACAGGAGAAAAACCCUACGAGUGUUCUGAGUGUGGCAAAGCCUUCAGCCACAGUUCGUCCCUGACUCAGCAUCAGAGGAUUCACACUGGCGAGAAGCCCUACGAGUGCAAUGAGUGUGGGAAGGCUUACACGCAGAUCUCCCACCUCAUGAGGCACCAGAGCAUUCACAUGGGGGAAAAACCCUAUAUAUGUAAUGAGUGUGGGAAGGCUUUCAGUCACACCUCAUCCUUUACUCAACACCAGACGAUUCACACUGGUGAGAAGCCCUACAAAUGUAACGAAUGUGGGAAAACCUUCAGCCAGAACUCUUCGCUGACACGCCAUCAGAGGAUUCACACUGGGGAGAAGCCCUACGAGUGUACUGUUUGCGGGAAAGCCUAUGCCCAGAUUUCCCACCUCAUUCAGCACCAGAGGAUUCACACCGGAGAGAAACCCUAUGAGUGCAGUGAGUGUGGGAAAGCUUUCAGUCGGAGCACGCACCUUAUUGAGCACCAGAAAAUCCACACAGGCGAGAAACCCUAUAAGUGUAAGGAGUGUGGGAAGACAUUCAGUCACAACUCAUCCCUUACUCAGCAUCAGAGGAUUCACACUGGUGAGAAACCCUACGCCUGCCAGGAAUGCGGGAAAGCCUUCAGUCAGAGCAUCCACCUUAUUCAGCAUCAGAGGAUUCAUACAGGAGAGAAGCCCUACAAAUGUAACGACUGUGGGAAAACCUAUACCCAGAUCUCACACCUCAUUCAACACCAGAAAGUUCACACGGGUGGCAGACACUAUGCGUGUAAAGAAUGUGGAGAGGAUUUCAGCUGGAGUUCACACCUGGCUGAACAUCAGAAACUUCACACCAUGCACAGCACCUAUAUCUGCAGUGAUUUCGAGAAGGCCUUUGCUUGGAGGACACAGCUUGCUGAUCAUCAGAGAACUCAUGCUGAUUAG